AUGGAGGAUCUCCUGCUGCAGAUCGUCAGGGAGUCCAGCAAUGCGAAGCUACAGAAUUUACGGAAAUCGGCGCAGGAAGCGCACGAUUUCCUGGACAAGCAGCAAGGGUUGCUACGCGAUCCACCCCACGAGCUGCGGGCAAAAUGUCUACACACAUUUCAGCUAGCACUGGAGACAAAGCGAAGCAAAUUCGUCGCGUUCGGUCUCUCGGGAUUACACAAAAUGCUGAGGGACGACAGAUUCCAGUCGCCGUACGAGCCAGAGGACGAUUCCCUCUGGUUGCCAGCGCAAAUGUUGCACGCGAUGGGCUCGAUUCUGUCGCAGUCCGACGACACUCAGACGGACUUGUUGAAAGUUCUGUUACAAGUCGCGUGUUCCUCUUACUGGACGAUGAACGGCCGUUUAAUAAUCGCGAUUCUAACUACCUGCUGCGAGGCUUUCGAAAAUGGGAAUCAGGCUGUAAGAACCGCUGCUCAAGCUGCUACUAGUCAGACCCUGCGAUCCUUCUGUCUCUUUUUAGACGAGGAGUGCCAAGAAAUGGACGAGAACGCGAAGAAGAACAAGAACGUCUGGGAACGGGGUGUCUCCUGCUUCAACGAAGCUCUGCCAAUUCUCCAGUACAUCUGCAGCAAGCUGGACGAGGCUCAAAAGAAAUCGUGUUCCAGCAACGGAAGAAACGGCAACACGGUCGUGUUCCUGCUGGAGUGUCUGCACACAUUGAUCUCUUCGUUGCCUCAGAAGAUCCACACGAACGGGCAUUUCACCACGUUUCUCUGGCAGAAGUUUUGCCCCGCGUUGAUAGCUUUCCUCGGUACGCCGAGGGUGGACAAAACGUUCACCUCCAGGGAGGGAAAGGAAAAUGAAGUCGGAAGGGGCUCCGGAUACUUGGCCACUUCUUUGAGCUUCGACAGCCACCAAGCGAAGACUGUCUAUAGCAUUGGAACGGAACUGGUGCGAUUGGUAGGCUGCGUGGGACCCCUACGACCAGUUCUAGAAUCUGUGUUCCAUCGUAUGCUACUCUAUCCACCUCCUCAGCAACGUCUCGAGCCUCUGAAAGCUCUGAAGGAGCUUCUUCGUAGUCCAAGUCGAAUAGUAGACUUUGCCGGGCCGUUGUUAGUGGAGGAGGACAGAUCGAGUCAUAUUCAGAGCGACAUGGCGUUAAUGAGACUGGCAAUGGACUCGAUCGAGGAAUCAACGACCGGCGGCCUUAGUAUAUUGCACGCGAGCGUUUCGUGUGUGGUCGCGAUGCUUUCUGCUCUUCAGGAACUGUGCGAGGGCAAGGCUAUUAAUCACACUUACACGUGCACGAUCAAUAGCCUCUACGAGGACCUCGAAUCCUGCGACUAUAGGGGACCGCUGACCUACCAGAGCAUGGCUAGGCUGCCAAAGACGUACAGAGAGCAACUGGAGCUGAUGAAGAAGGGGAUAGGCUCCGAUUCCGACUCCUCAGGUCACGGACCGUCAGAGGAUGGCGACUCGACGGACACAGAAGGACCUCAGAACGACUCAGACGAGGUCCAAGAAGAGAACAGCCUGGAAGACAAUGAAUACGCAAUGGAGAACGAAAGGGAGAGGCUACGUUUAGAGAAGCUCCCGAAGUGUUUACACGUGGGCAGACAGGUAGCUGAUGAGUGCAACGUGGACGUGGAGAGGCACAACGCCAGAAAGUUCGUGAAGACACUGAAGAGCGAUCUGAUUCCUAUGGUGUUGAGCCUGAGAAGCAACAUAGAGGUCGACGAGGCGUUGCAGAACUUUGCCUCGGAGUAUUGUCAAGGAGUCUUUGCGGCUCAACAAAAGAUCCAGGAGCAGACUGAUGUUAGUACUGACUCCUGUGCUUUGAUCACUAUCAUGAACGCUGAUGGAAUUUACCUGGCCACUUAUGCAGCCUUGCUUCUGAACUUGAAAUUGAUUAGGAUCAAUUACUAUCACGAGGAAAGUCGUCAGAUUCCUAUCAGCGAGGAACAAUUUGUGGAAGAAGUGCAUGGAUCAGGAGUUCUAGUUUAUCUGUCCGCGACCUGGUUGUCUGAACUCUAUCAACAAGUGUUGGCUAGCAAUCUGCUCGAGAAAUGUGGUUAUAAUCGUCACUAUACUGAGCAUAGUGCUUUGAUAAACGUUCUCACCGAUGUCGACGGAAUUCCUGGCAGCCAAAGGGGUGGACAGCUUCUCUCAGACUAUAUAAGAUUAGAAAAAGCUCAGUUAUCCCGAAGUGAGCCUACACCAGAAGCUGAAGCAGGCGCCAAGCUGUCUAGAAGAGUUCUGACUUGCUGCUGGGGAAGCAUGAUGACUGUUUUGACAACUGGACUGAAUCCUCCGAAAGAGGAGAAUAAUAAAGGAAUACUGAACAGAGAUGGCGGUAGAAGAGGUAUCAGAGACACUGUCGUUCUGUCCCUGGAAGGUCUUCAUAAAGCUGCGAUUCUGAGCAAUAUACUUGGUUUGCAGAAUCGUUGUGGUUCGAUCUUCGCGUUAUUGGCUAAGGCAGCCUGCACAGAGCAGUCUAUAUCGAAGAUCACUCGGACGAAGGAUGUUCUGCGUUUAAAAUUGCAAAACAGAGCGACGAACAUCCACACAUCCCACGCGUUGAGCAUGGAUGUACUCUUGGGAAAAGGCUUGGAGCUUGGGAGCCAUGGUAGUGACUGUUGGCCACAUGUUUUCACCUGCUGUCUCUACGUGAGCAAAUUGGAGCACGACUUCUUCGGAAGAAAUCAAAAUCCAUCGUUGCCAAAGACUCAACAGAAGAAGGAAAAAAAGGACACCUCGAAUGGUGAUGCCAAAGGGAGUCAGGAUAGGCUGAGGUUAAAUUUCAACAUCACGGAUGAAGAGGAGACUUGUGUCGAUGUCUAUAGUUUCUUAUCCAGCCCAUACACGCAAAACCCCAGUUCGGACACGAUCCCAGAGAUCAUCCAAGAAUCGAACGCUGACAGUCAGUUCAACGGUAUCCUUCCCGCUGACUACGCGGCCAAGAUUAUCUGCGUUUUGUCGCAACAGGUCGACAGACUCUUCGAGAACGCUGCGCUGAAACUGAACCUACGAGCGUUAUGCCUGUUCCUGACUGCUCUCUGCAAGGCCAGCAAGGCUCAAUUAUUUAAGACCACAGAUGGAUCCAAGGAGAAUAAGAGAUUCUGGUGGAGGAGGAGCAAGCCCAGAGAGAACGAAAUGAACGUAUUACUUUUGGCUAGAUUGGGGGAGGUGAUGUUGAAGUGCGUGAAGAGAUAUGAUGUAUAUUCUUAAUAUGUCUGGAGUAUUCUUGGCCCACACUUCAUGGAAGCAGCCUGCCACAAGGACCGCAGUAUCUCAAAGAAAGCUGUUCAGUGCAUUCACGACUCAAUGGCAGCGUUAUUGAACGAGCAAGUGGAAUUGCCACACUUCCACUUCAACGAGGCUCUCUUCAAGCCUUUCGAGAACCUUUUGUGCCUAGAGCUCUGCGACAGCGAUGUGCAGGACCAAAUCGUCAGUUGCAUCUGCGAGUUCGUCGAGACCAAUCGUACGGAGAUCCGUUCUGGCUGGCGACCUCUAUUCGGCGCGUUGCGUGUAGCAUCGGUCGGUAAUUCAGAUUCCGUGGAAUCUGCUCCACUUCUGGAGGUCUUCAGGGUCUUUCUGUCCACGGACAACACGUUGGUGUUCGCUAAUGCGGCGCUAGAUUGCAUCCUCUGUCUGUUGAGGCACGUGAGAGGUAUCGGUGACACGGAGGGCCAUCAGGAGGAGCCGGAUCAGCUCGAUAUCGGGGAGUCUAGACGGAUGAGAUUAUGCGUGGAGAGUCUGAAGUACCUGUUGAGCUGCAGCGAUAUCCUGGCUUCGAUGUAUGGCAUGCCAGCCUGUCCGAUCUUCCAUUCGGCCCAGAGGAUCCAGGUCUCGACCAUCCCCCAAUACGUCGACCCGAUACUACCCAACUCGGAGCUGAUCAGAUUCGACAAGCACGCUGAAUCCAUACAAGAGACCAUCCCAGAAAGGCCGUACGACGUCCUGAUGGAUAACGUUCAUACGAGCACGACCUUGCAGAGCAUGGACAAGCCCAGUGGCAUCCUUCGAGUCUGGUACAUCCUGAUCGAGGGACUGGCCAGUGCGACGAUGAUCUGUCCCAAACGCUACCAGCCUCACACUCUUGAGACACUCUUCCAUUUACUACGGGACACCCUGAACGUCCCUGGACCAUCAUUCGGUCUGUAUUGCGUGAAUCAUCUGCUGCUACCGAUGGUCCAGAACUGGCUCCGUAAGACAUCGAAGAUUUUCAGGGGAUGGGACAAUUUCGCGCCCAACUUCAAGCAAUGCUGCGGCCUCACGACUGACCUGGUUGUCGAUUAUCUGACUCAUUUACAAGGGCCUGAAGUUGUUCGAAAUGACGCUUAUCUACCAGCCACGACGUUGAUGCUGAAGCAAUUGCUACUGGUGAUGGCAGAGUGCGUCGUGCAGCCCACCGAGAGCAUAGCUCGAUUAGGCUGCGCCUGUAUUAGGCACGUCCUCGUGAGCAGCGGUCCGCUUCUCACCCCAGAACAAUGGGAGGUCUGCGGCGUGGCCUGUUACCGCGCCUGUUCGAAUUCCCUGCAGGAGUUGCACCAGCUGACCAUGGCUUUCUCGCCGCGAUCGGAAUCCUUUUACGGCGACAUCGCUCAGGUGAAGGUUGCCGCGCGACGGGACGCGACUAUGGAGGAGUCGGAGCGUCUACGGCAGCUCGCAGCGCAGGUGUUCCUCCUCGAGGAACAACGCAGCGAAGAUCCAUUGAGGACGAACGACGACAGAUCUUAUGUGUUCCUACUGUACCCACCAUCCGUGGGUUCCACGCUCAAUCCUGAUCUCUAUAUCGUUCGAGUGCAGCUGAGGGCACUGGUGGUCGGUCUUCUGGUUCACCAGAUGCUCCUCCAUUGCAUCGCCAGUGUCCUUUUGCAGAGCAACGACUCAUUUCCUAGUCUGUCUCACGUCAUCCCGCAUUCAAUGGCGUCAGGAUCACCAAAGCCUGCAGUUUCUGGCUGUCUAUCCUACCUGACCAGCCACCACGUGGACAUUUUCCUCUCAGCCCUGGACCUCUCUUACGCGGCAGCCCUGAAGUUCGACUGUCGGCCAGGUUUAAAGUUCCUGGUCCAGAAGGUAGCUAAUCUCCAGCAACCAGCGAAUCUUUAUCGUCAGGCUGGAGCUGCCUGGAUUAUAAAGAUCGUCACUCUCUUCGAGCUCUGCCUGCGUGAAAUCGAGAAUACCAACGCUACCCUAGAAACAGUCAAGUCCCUGCUAACCUUGAGCCUCGAAGACAAGGAUUAUCCCAAGAGAUCCAAUCUCCGAAAGCUGUCGAAAUACUUGAGGCAACUGCGAACCACCUUCGAGGAGCUUUGUGAUAGUUAUGUGGAGGUGGUCCUGGAUGAGGAUGGCAAGCACACGAGAGUAGAUAGCUUCUCGGAAAGGAAGAUCUUCCUGCUGGUAGCACAGCCUGAUGACUACCCAGAGAUCACCAGAAAAGAACCCAUCAACGAUACAGCUAUGGUCACGUCAGCUUCAAUCGAGCAUUUCCAUCGGCAGCUGAACGAGCUAGAGGAUCAAGUCGACCAGGACGAACAAGAGGACAUAGAAGCAUACAAUCCUAAUCUCGACGAUGAGAGUGGAUUGGACGAACUUGGGCCAGAGUCUGACGAAGACGCAAGACACUUCAGACUGUCUGACCUAGCUGUCGAGUAUUCCACUGAUUCUGGCCCGCCCAGCGAGCCAGAGACAGACGAUUCCAGGCCAGUGUCUAGAUUGGGCUCGGUCACAGAAAAGAUUGUGUACCUUGAUCGAUCAGGUGGUACCUCCAGCGAGGGUUACAUCGACGGAAAAUACAGUUCGACGACUCCUGCUCCUUCACAGAUGAUGAAUCAUCGAGACAACUUGUAUUAUAAAUUGAGCCCACUGAAGAGAGCCGAGUCGGUGGACUCUUUCGGGACGUCUGCCUUGGAGACGAUCGCGACGAACGCUGCUGUGACGUUCGAUGAGACUUCCUGUUAUCCGAAAUCGAGGUUGGAGAGGAGGAAAAGUGACGCCUGCUUGUUGUCCAGAAGGAAUUCUCUUAAGUUCGUCGUCCCAAGUGAACUCGAGGACUAUGAGAAGUUCGAACCUUUCGACUCAGCUGCUUUGAGGUGUAGAUCGGUUAUGGAGCUGAGGAAAAGAUCAGUGUCCACUUCGUCCAAUGACCUUGAGAUGUCGCCGAGAGUGUCUUCGAAAAUGGCUUCGAAGGAGACUGGUUCUCCGUCGUGUUUGGAUAAUAUUGACGAGCUGUUGAGGGAUUACGAGCGUAGCAAGAGGGGAUUCAGGACUAAUCCGUUCUUGAAGGGCGAUAAGGAGGAGGUUGGGGUUGAAGGUCAAGAUAUUCCGAUGAAGGACACUGGGUUUCAGAGGAAGACCAACGUUUACAAGGACAGUGAGGCGCACAGGAAGGCCUGGGCUGAGACUCUGAGCACUAUUCUGGACUGGACUCUGGCUUUGCCGGAUGAACGAUUGACCACCCUGCUUCCGGUCUUCGUCAGCGGAGUACGAGUCCUCACGAGGCACGCCGUGGACCAGGUCCUGAAACAGCGACUGUCCACCCUUUUCCACCGAAUUGCGGUGUUAUACGGGCUAACGAGCAAUUAG